AUGAUCAGGAUCUUACGAGAACGACGGGGCAUCGCGGCAAAGGCAUCCUUGAAUGCUAGUAAAGAGCGCCACAACGCACAGGAGAUCAAUAUGACCGCCAUCUGCUGGCGAGGUGACCAACCAGACGGCAUCCGCUUCUGGAAGGCUGAGGAAACUUCAGCAGAGCGGCGCAAAACUCUAUUGGUGCUACCAGCACGCCAGUUUGCAUACAUAUUGAUUUACAUGAUCGUGGCCCAGCUCUUUUUCUACUUCAUGCAGAAGCCUUGGCACGACUCCUCGCUGGAAGGCGCCAGUGAAGCAAAAGGCGUACAGCUGGCCGGCAAGGGAGUCUUGCUGGUAAACUUCGCCAUCCAAACAGCCGUGGCUUUCGAUGUGGAUGAAGCCAAAUUCAUCCGCAUAGCAAAGGUCGAUCAAAUCACUUUUGUGUGGAAUACCUUGCUCAUGGCCAUAACCUUGCUCUAUGUUCUCAUCCAGGAAUGUGCAAAAGCCGGCAUGAGCUCAACUCUCUUACCACCCGAGGAGGUCCACACGGAAGCAUGGUGGCUGUGGCGACGAGAUUUGUUUCGAUCUGUGUGGGCAGAGAUCCAUGCAUACGACUCCUUGCUGUCUGUCUUCACUGAGCAGACCAUCAUGCUCUACGUUCUUGGCGAAGUCGGCAAUGUCAUCGGGCCAGUUGCUUUUUUUUGGUUCGCCCUGCGAGCUGUGUUCAUCGUUGAUAUCGGUGGCUCUCCUCAGGCGAAGAUCCAGAAGAUACUGCGGAUGAUACUGCCAAAGACUCGGUCAACCAGCAUGCUAACUGCCAGAGAGGCAGAGAAGGCGCAAAUGCUGGUGCCGUUGCUACUGUGGAUGGAGUACACCUAUGUCGUGAUCUUUCCAGGAAUUGCUCUCACUGCCGUGUACUUCAUCGACUACUCCAUGAGAGUUUGGCUGGCUCUGUUGGCCUUCAGCAUCCUCUUCUUCCUUUGGCAGCGCUACGUGAUGCUCUGGCUGUAUGGGAAGUCGCAGUUCGAUUCUGACGGCACCUACUUCUCCUUUAUAGUCGUUUGGGGCCUGGUGUUGUCUAUGGCUGCCUCCUCGUUUGCAGUAUGGGCAUACCGGUUGCAAGAAAUCACCGAGCAACCGUUUGCCGUGUUGAUCUUCGUGCUGAUAUUCUUGCUGACGUAUUUCAUCUAUGUGUCCGGCGUUCUCUUCAUAGAGUAUCACUUUCACAGAACUGGCAAGACCCUUGACGAUGGCAACCUUUCAAGCAAUGAUCCUGGUUACCUGUUGAUAAUGGAGAAGAAUGCCGGCGUGUCCUGGUGGAACACGAACCCAAUCUACGUACUGAAGCACCGGCUCUGCCCAGACAAGCCUGGCUUCGAAGUGCACGACGCAUCGGUAAGAUGUUGGCCUUCUUGGUCAGAUGAGGGCUUCUUCGAGAAGGGCAAG